CGCCCCUCGCAGGCCUCCCAGGAGUCCUUUCGAAGCGCGACGUAGCCGGAAGCUGCUGGCGGCUGGUGGGGGAACUCUGAGCGCCCAGUCCAGCUUGGCAUCUGGGCCGGACCCGACCCCCUGAGAGCAGCAGGGUCCCUGUGUGUGGCUGCCCUCUUCGAUCCCCAGCGGCCGCCCCAUUGCGCGGUUGGACCUCCUCGCUGCGGCCGUCCAGACCCCUCGGCCUCUGAGCUUGCCACUCUCCAGCCUAGGACCACUCUUCUCCGUGGUCCCUCAUCGCUCUCGGGCGUAGACCGGUUCUGCACAGCCCGGUUGCCCGGGAAAGGGCCGCUGCUCGUCACUUCGAUUCUGUCCAGGGGUGCCGGGAAGCCAGACUCCCUAGCCACAGCUCGUUGAUCGUUUUCCUGCUUGGCCUUUGAACACCAUGGCCAGCCCAAGAACCAGAAAAGUACUUAAAGAAGUCAGGGCACAAGAUGAGAACAACGUUUGCUUUGAGUGUGGUGCAUUUAAUCCUCAGUGGGUCAGCGUGACUUACGGCAUCUGGAUCUGCCUGGAAUGCUCUGGGAGACACCGUGGGCUUGGGGUGCACCUCAGCUUCGUGCGCUCUGUUACAAUGGACAAAUGGAAGGACAUCGAACUGGAGAAGAUGAAGGCUGGUGGGAACGCUAAGUUCCGAGAGUUCCUGGAGGCCCAGGAGGACUAUGAGCCCAGCUGGUCCCUGCAGGACAAGUACAGCAGCAGGGCUGCAGCGCUCUUCCGGGAUAAGGUGGCUACUUUGGCGGAAGGUAGAGAGUGGUCUCUGGAGUCUUCGCCUGCACAGAACUGGACCCCACCUCAGCCUAAGAUUCUGCAGUCCGCUGCCCACCGAUCCUCUGGCCAGCCGCAGAAUGUGACUCCCUCUGGGGACAAGGCUUUUGAGGACUGGCUGAACGAUGACCUGGGCUCCUGUCAGGGGGCUCAGGAGAAUCGCUAUGUGGGGUUUGGGAACACAGUGCCACCUCAGAAGAGAGAGGACGACUUCCUCAACAAUGCGAUGUCAUCCUUGUACUCGGGAUGGAGCAGUUUCACCACCGGGGCGAGCAAGUUUGCUUCUGCAGCGAAGGAAGGUGCUACAAAAUUUGGAUCCCAAGCUAGUCAGAAGGCUUCAGAGCUGGGCCACAGCCUGAAUGAGAAUGUCCUCAAGCCUGCACAGGAGAAGGUGAAGGAGGGAAGGAUUUUUGAUGAUGUGUCCAGUGGGGUCUCUCAGUUGGCAUCCAAGGUCCAGGGAGUUGGCAGUAAGGGAUGGCAUGAUGUCACUACUUUCUUUUCUGGGAAAGCUGAAGACACUUCAGACAGACCCUUAGAGGGCCACAGCUACCAAAACAGCAGUGGAGACAACUCCCAGAACAGCACCAUAGACCAGAGCUUCUGGGAGACCUUCGGGAGUGCUGAGCCCCCCAAGGCCAAGUCCCCGAGCAGUGACAGCUGGACCUAUGCAGAUGUCUCAACAGGGAGGAGGAGCUCGGACAGCUGGGAUGUUUGGGGCUCAGGUUCCGCAUCCAACAACAAGAACAGCAACAGCGAUGGCUGGGAGAGCUGGGAGGGCGCCAGUGGGGAGGGCAGGGCCAGGGCCACCAAGAAAACGGCCCCGGCCCCAGCGACGACCACUGAUGAGGGCUGGGACAACCAGAACUGGUAGGCGCCUUGCUGCACCUGGGCCCCAGCUCUGCUGGGACUGCUGUGUUUGCACUUUACCCUUUCUGAUCCUCCUCAUUUGACCUCAGUGUAAAGACAGUAGCUCAGGCAGGACUUGAGUGGGUGCUGCCUGCCUGGUGUGGGGUGGCUUCCUCUUAGGCCUCAGGGCACCUGUCGUCAUCUGCCUCCUGGGUCCCCUGAGCAGCCUUCCUGGACUCUAGGUUCUUGGGACCCAGGCACUGUGUCUGCAGCCUUGGCCCCGCCUGGAACUGCAGUCCUGUGCAAUGUCAGCCAAGCCAGACAUCUGCUUUUGUUGAAAUGUCUUUUAAAACUUGAAAGGUCUGCUCCUGUCCUUUUUUUUUCCUUGAAGAAAACGCCUGGAAUCCUAAGCUGGAAAUGAAAUGACAAAGGAGGUGUUGGAGCUCGCACUGCCACCGUCGCCCUCACCCGAUUCCAUGGGCUGCGGACCUCACUUUGUGACCUUUGCCUUUCCUGCAUCAGCCUGUCCAGCCCUUAGUUCCACGGGACAAACUCCACAGCUGGCCACACACGGCAGCUUGGGCUCUGGCCCUCUCUGGACACCUGACUUGAACUUGGCCAGUCCCGGACAGCUCAGAAAUGAGGAAAGUCAUUAAAGUAAAGGAACUGGGGGCAUUGUCAGUGCAUCUGCCACUCCCGCCUGGCACAAGGGAGCCUGAACAUGGAGGGCGGGCUGAGGGCCAGCUGCCACUGCCAGGAUUUGGAACAUGUUGAUGGGGACCCUUGUGUCUACAACAGCCAGGCCUCCUCCCAGCCUGCUCAGGGUGCUCAGGGUCAGAGCACACUCGGUCAUGUCUCCUCAGCAUGCAGCUGUCCCUCCAGAUGGCCCCAUUUUCCACCCUGUGGACUUUGUGGAACAUUGCAGUUGAGACCCAUGUGCUACCAGUGGUUGGUGUGACAGCCUAUUCCUCCCAGGAUUCCAUGACUGCUGUGUGCUGUGGCAGAGAGCCCCGCUGGGUCUCUGUCUCCUCAAACCCACGCCUGUCUUGACCCUCAGUUUGACCAGCAGUGCAUGACCUGAA